AUGGCUGCUUUCAUGGCCGCGGUGGAAGCGGAUGCGGCAGAGCGGGCACAACGUCGCGCCGCGCAGCGUGCACGAGCCACUAAACUGAAAGAUCGCGCGAACACAUUCUUCAAAGCUGGUGAUUGUCGACGGGCCGUGGAACUCUACACCCAGGCCAUCGAACUGGCAAAAGAUUGGGAUAUACUGUACACUAAUCGGGCCCUGGUAUGUGACCCCUGUGUGAUGAUCAAAAUGUGUUGGCACGGUUUUGUCUGA